CCGCGCCACCGGUUACCGGCCAAUGGCCAUCGCUGUUCGCUUGUUCUUGUUCGUUACUUUGUGCAGUUCGACAGUUCGUUCACUGUUCACUCGUUCACUGUUCAGUGGACGGUCGCCAGCGGCAGUAGCCUGUAAGUCUCUUCUUUUAUAUAGAUUAUCAUCUGCCUGUCUAUUUUUGAAAUAAACGGCCGUUCGUUUUUCCUGGUCUUGUCGACUUCUCGAUUCACUCAUUUUCUUCGUAAACACGACCUCAGGAGUCAAGUCAGCAACCGGCCAGUCACGCGGUACAGUUGUUGGACUUUGUAGACUACACCGCAACAUUUAACAGCAACGUUACGCGGACUCGCGGAUAAGACCAACAACAACAGGAGCGUACGACGAUAAUAACACGUCCACCAUGUCUGCGGUGUGUUCGUACUACUUGAGAGGAUCGUGUCGAUUCGGCAACCGUUGUUGGAACUCGCACGAUAUAGGAUCCACCCGCUCAGAUAGCCCGUAUAUUGUUCUUGAGGAUAGCUCUGAUGAUCAAAGCAGCUUUGUAGUUACAACAAGUAGAGAAACUACUCCGAUGACAAAUUCACCAAGUAGUAGUGCUAAACAAAAAAAUCAAGUUCUUCCCAAUUUAGCAAAUAAGUCAUCAGAAACUAAUGCAGCUGCCCCUCAAGAUAAAUGGAGUUUAACAAAUAAUAAUACUGGUGAAGCCAGAGUAGGCACACCGGAUAGUAUGUUAAUAGAGACUGUAAAAAAAUUAAAUGAAGCUGAAAAUUUGGUUGUAUCACUUCGUCAACAACUGCGUGUUAAGAACGAGGGAGACAAUUUCUCUUGGAUGGAGCAUCAAAUGGAAAAAUGUCUUGAAAGUGAUCUACAAUGUAACAUAUGUUACGAAGUGUUCAUAAAGCCUACUGUGUUAAAUUGUUCUCAUACAUUUUGUCAUGAUUGUAUAGAAUCAUGGACCCGAAGAGUUAAUCACUGCCCAACAUGUCGAGUUUAUGUUAAAACUAAAUCAUACUGUUUAACUUUAGAUACAUAUUUAGAUAAAAUAUCUGACUGUUUACCAGAUGAAACAAAAACUAGGCGAGAAACUUUAAAAGUUGAACGCCAUAAUAACAGAGUAUUAACAGUGGAGGUUAAUAGUAGAAGUCGAAGAAACAAUGCAAGAAGAAGACAUCAUAGAAAUCAGACCAUGCGUCAAACAUUGGGUGUAUUAUGGGGUGAACGUGAUCGAGAUGGUGCUGAAUGGAAUAUUGCUCUGGAAGAAGCAUUAUUUGAUCCAAUACGCUUAGGCGAUGUAAUUGGUAGAAAUAGAGAUGAUAGAGACGAAUGGGAAGAUGAAUUGUCUGAUAGCACCUUAGACAGAUAUUUUGUUAUCGAUUAACUGACUUGAAGAUCAAAUAUCAAUUGAGUUGAUGUGUAUGGUUAUGGUAUACAACAAAAUACUAAAUUAAAAUCAAAUGCUUACUGAGGUAACACAACCAGUUGGGUGCCUAGACUUAGUUUUUAUCAAUGUUUAAUUUUUUUCAUGCAUUUGGUUAUUUUUGUGUAAUUGUAACUUGUUUAAUUAUUAGUAUCUUUUUUUUUUUUUUGUUAAGUAUCUGUUUUAUAUAUUUUGAUGCAUGGCUAGCUCAGAAUUAAUUAGUAUCAUUUUUAUGUGAUUUGAAUGCUAGAGUAAGUUUUAAUUUUGUUGGAAAAAAGAAUUUUUCCUUAGUUUUGAUUUUCAACAUAACGUUUAAUUAUUAAGACCGACUACCAUUAUUGUUCUCCUUAUUAUUUUUGUAGACAAUUAUUAUCAUUGUUUUA